ACUAUAUAACUAUUGCCUUACAACUCCAAGUUUCCACUCACCUGUCACCGCUCCGCGCCUAUUUGACCGCGGCAAACGCUGCUAGCGACCAUUUGCUCAACACUCACUAGGAUCAGCAAGCUCCAGUGCUCGAGCUUCAAGGUUGGCUGCAAGAGCGAGCUCGAGCCGGGUCCCGGGUCAGAUUUCAGGGCCUUUUCCCGUCGUUACUUUUCCCGUCGUUACGACGCGCAAGAACCACCAUGCGGGGUGCCCGCGGCCGCGCGGUUGCUGCUGGCGGUGAUGACGGGGCCGGUGCUGCUGAUGCUGGCGGUGCCGCUGUUGGCGGUCCCGGAGGUGGUGGUGGUGAUGCCGCCUGGAAGCGGCUGUCUGGCGCCCGGCGCAUUACUGCCGAGAUGCGCUCGCUGCAGCGCUGCCCGCUGGCCACCGGCCCCAAGCCGCAGAUCUCCCACAUCGAGCCGGUCAACGAUGACAACAUGCUGCUGUGGCGGCUGCGGGUGCUGCCGGCCUUUGACGAGGACGUGGCGGCGGGGCGGCAGCUCAAUGCGGACCUGCGGCGACUGGGCCAGAUGCGGGGCUCGGGCGGACAGGACUACAUUCUAAUGGAGGUAUCCUUCCCACAAGACUACCCCACCAACCCCUUCUUCCUGCGAGUGGUGUCUCCGCGCUGCGUCAUGUACACCGGGCACGUCACCGCCGGCGGCUCCAUCUGCAUUGAGGCGCUGGUGGCCACGGGCGGCCCGGGCGGCUGGCAGCCCGACUACUGCGUGGAGGCCGUGCUGGUGCUGGUGCUGGCCAACAUGCUCACAGCGGAGGUGGCCCAGGUGCGCACCGCCACGGGGCCGGGCGGCAUCAGCGGCCCCCUGCGCGUCGACCUCAGUGCCGGCCUCGCCCCCUACUCCGACUUCGAGGCCCGGGCCGCCUACGACCGCACUGUGGCCAACCACGGCUGGAGGCCGGCUGCGGCGGGGGCUGGCGGGUCGCGGGGCGGAACAGCCGCUGCGGCUGCGGCUUCUAUUGCGGCUGCUACUGCUGCGGCUGCUGCGACCGGGCCACAGGGAGCAGCGGCGGCUGGCGCUGGCACUGGCGCUGGAGGUGGCCGGGGGCGUGGAGGUGGAGGAGGAGGCCGGGCAGCACUGGCGGCAACAGGCGCAGCGGCCGCCACGCCAACUGUCACGACUGCAGCGCCGCUGCUUCACAAGCCAGCCGUGGCCGCCGCUGCCGCCGCGGCCGCGGCCCCUGCUGGUGCCGCUGCUGGCAUCGCAGCGGCAGGCCCGGCAGAUGGCAACAAGAGGCGACGCGCGCAGGGCCAGGAUGUCGCUGCCGGCAGCGGCGGCAACGCCGCGGCCGCUCCCACGGCGGGCCAGGGCGUGCCGCCGGGUGUGGUGUCGCUGCUUGAUGACGAUGAUGAUGACCAGGUGGCUAGCAAGCGGCGCAAGGUGGGGGGAGGGGGCGGCGGCGGCGGCGCUGGUGGCGGCGGUGGCCACAAGCGCACUGCUGCGGCGUCCUCAGCGGCGGCUCCGGUGGUGGUGCUGACGGACGAUGAGGCGGACAACGCAGCUGCAACAGCAACUGCUGCAGCAGCAGCAGCAGCAGCCGGCGCUGCCGACAGCGGCCGCCAGCGCCAGCUGCCGCUGCCGCAGCUGCGGCGGCAGGCCGCAGCUGCGGCCCCACCCAUACGCCUCAGUCAGGACAGCGACGUCUGCAUCUUGGAGGACAAGGAUUUUGGGCCGGCGGAGGUGACUACGGCAGCCACCGGCGCAGGGCCAGCAGCAGCAGCAGCAGCGGGUGCCGGCAGCCGCGCAGGCGCACGCGGCGGUGCUGGGGGUGCUGCGGGGGACGGCGGGGGAGGCGAGGACGAUGAUGUACUCGUGCUGAGUGGCGAUGAGGGUGCGGGAGAAGUCAGCGUGCGGCAGGUGGCAGUGGUUGGCAGGCGCCAGCAACCCGGCGGCUCUGGCUCUGGCGCUGCCGGCGCUGCUGGUGGUGGCGCUCGUGGAGGCACGGUGGCGGCGGUGGCAUUCGGCGGGCGCCCGGCGGCGGAUGAUGAAGACGAUGUUGUAGACGUCACGGAGGCUCGUACGGUGGCGGGCGCCGGCGCCGCCACCGCCGCCGCCGCCGCCGGCCGCAGCAGUGGUGGCGGCGCUGUAGCUGUAGCAGCUGCGGGCGCUGGUGUGGCCGUCACUGCAGACCCGGGUCCCGGGCUUGCGGUCAGAGUUGCGGUGCGGGUGGCGUCUGCAGCCGCUGCGGCUUCGCGCACAGCGGCAGCGGCCGACACCUCCGGAGAUGCGGCACUGGCGGCGGCGCUGGAGGCGGCAGAGGCGGCGCGUGCGGCUGCGGAGACGGCGCAACGAGAGAAGGAGCGGCUUCAGAAGCAGCUCGAGGACCUUGCCGCAAAGGCGCUCCUGGGAACCGCAACAGCGGGUGCCGGCGGGCCGGGCGGUGGCGCCGGCGCGGCCGGCGCAGCUGGUAGCGCCGGCGCGGCUGCGGGUGCUGGCGGCGGCGGCGGCCAUGUGCUAAACUCGGCGCCACUGCCUGCCUACUGGGACCCUAUGGACUCGUCAGCGGUGGCGGUGCCGCAGAAAGGACGCGGCGCUGCCGGUGCGGCGGCGGCGGCAGUGGCGGGUGGCGGCGGCGGCUCGUGCCUGCGCAACCUCAAGCUCGUGGAACUGCCGCUGCCAGCUGGUUGCGGCGUCAUUGGCACGCCGGCUGUGCCGCAGUUUGGCCACGCUGCCGGGGCGACUGCGGGAGCGAACGGCGCUCAAGCACCAGCAGCUGCAGCUGCAGCAGCUGCAGCGGCGGCUGCACCGGCUGGCGACGGUCUGACCUCGCAGGAGCGGGCUGCCAUCAAGGAGCUGGUCGCGAACGGGCUGAGUGCCGACGACGCGCGGGAGCUGCUGCUGGAGCAGUGCGGCGGAGACCUGGACGCGGCCCUGGGGGUGGCCAUGCAGGCUGCGGACUGCGGCGGUAUAUCGGCACUGCUGCGACGCAAGCGCGAGGCCAAGCAGGCAGCAGAGGCGGCGCGGCUGGCGGCGGGGUCGGGGUCGGGGGCGGGCCCGUCGCAGGACCCUGCGGGCGCAGCAGCUGCGGCAAAAGCGGCGCGGAAGGCGGCUGUGGCGGCUGAGGUGGAGCGAGUGCUGCAGCGCUUUGAGUCCGCAAGCUUCUUGAGCCGCAGCCGGGUGGUGCGGGUGGAGCGGGUGCAGAACUGGCGCAUGUGGACCAAGUACUGCAUCCGCAGGAGCGAGAUCCUGGAGACCCUGAGGGAGGAGGUGUGGGGCGGCGGGGCGGCCGGCCGGCGGCCCAAGCAGGACGCAACCAGCGCCAACUUCGGGUCCCUGAACGAGUUCUACAUGUGGCACGGCACCUCCAACGUCGUCAUUGAGGCGGUGGUGAGGGACGGCUUCGACAUGCGGGAGGCCAGCAGGGCCGGAUCGCUGGGCGAGGGAAUCUACUUCGCCGCAAACGCCAGCUACUCCCUGGCCUACACCCUGUCUAAGCAGGCGUUGAAGCCAGCAGUGCCUCAGACCUUCGGCUACCAGCCUCUGCAGACCUAUGGCUACCAGCCGCCGCAGCCGCCGCAGCCCAAAAAGAAGAGGAAGGCCACGACGCGGGCGGCAGCGGCGGCGGCGGCGGCCCAGCCGCUGCCGCAAGCAGCCACUGCCUACGGGAUGCUCGGCACAACAGCAGUGAUGACUGCAGGCACCAUGCCGGUGCCCAUGGCAGGGUUUGCCCCGCUCGCACCGUCGGCUGCCGCUGGGGGCUUUGGCCUAUCCAUGUACGCGGCACCGGCGGCAGCUGUGGGCGCGCAGCCAGGAGCGUACGGCGGCUUUGCGGGCGCCGCGGGCGGUACGGCCGCCGCGACACGCGCUGGCGGGGCGCCGCAGCAACAGCCGCAGCAGGCGCCGCUGGUGUUCCCGGGGAGCGCGGGCGCCAUGCUGCUGUGCCGGGUGGCAAUGGGGCGCCUGACGGCUGGGGGCAUGGGCAUGCGCAAGCCGCCCAAGGGCUACGACUCGGUGCACAUGGGAAGCACGGCGCAGUCGCUGGCAGCGGCGACAGCGCUGCAGGCUGCGGAGGCAGCAGACGGCACCGGGGAGGUGUGGGAGGUGCAGCGGGUCUUGGGUCGGGACCUGAUCGUGACGGUGUUUGACAACAUGCAGGCGUACCCCGAGUACAUUGUGCACUUCAACUGAAGCCUUGAAGUUGGCUGGCUGGCAGGUUGGCUGGCGGUUGGCUUGUGGUUGGCAAGGAGCCGGUGGCUGUGAAGGGAUUAGGCAGCAUGGGAGCGUGUACCGCGGGGUUGUGUGACUUCUUGAGCUCCUGACGAGGUUGCAAGUGCCAUUCAUGGGCAGGCUUCAGCCACGCUUGCUUGGUGGCUUGGCAUUGGGUCGGUCGUGCUUGCUAAAGGAGUUUGAACGCCACAAGCUUGGCGUGCGCAACUGGGCAGGCACGCACUGCGGAAUGAAGCAUUCAUAGAAUCAAAGGUGAAGUGCGCCUGUCCAUUCCAAGGUCCAUCCCGCUGGACCCUCCAACAGUCCAAGCCCCUUGCGCCCCGAUGCGCCCAAUGUGCCCGCCAGCCUUCCAGACGCCCCUGGACAGCGCGACGCGUAUCCAGCUACGCCCGCCUCACCACACGCAGUCAGAGUAAAAGUCCGGCUUUCCGACCACUGCCGUACCGCGCUCCCCAUGCGGGGUGGGGGGGGGGGGGCUUGCGGGCGGAUAGGGGCUUUCGUCCCGCCAAACAGGUCUCCUCUGACUCCCUAACGCUCGCAGUCCCUUCAUGGCUUCCCGCG